UUUUAGUGCAGCCACGUGCGUGCGACCAGGGUCUACUCUGCCUUUGAGAAACAGCAUGUUGUUGGUAUUGAUUUGCUGACUUAUACUGUGGACCAUUACUUUGUCACUCUCCCUCCUGCCUUCCCCAUCUGUGCUUUUCUCACAUGCUUUCAUUGCAAAAGAAGGCUACUAGGUAAAGCCUUAACACGCUCCCUCUGACAGAACUUUGACCAGCCAAGCAGACCUCUCUGACCUCUGAGAACCUGCCUUUUAUUGGCUGAGAAUUCCAUUGACCCCACCCCCGCCUUGUCCUCCAGAAGCAAGCAGUGUGAAUCUUGUGUCUCUGCCACUGCUGUGUUCCAAGCAGUGGACGAGACAGCUAAGUUGUAAGUAACAAUGAGUCGAGCCUGGGCCUUGUUUAAGGCCCACCCCUACAUCAGCAACGUAGUCGGAUACACAACCCUGUUUGCCUCCGCGGACCUUAUACAGCAAAGCAUGCUUGGAGGGAAACAGAGUGGUGGAUUAAACACAGACAAGGAAUCACUCACCAUCAUGACUCAGAGGGGAGCCAAGCUGAACAUGGAGGGAACCAAGAUUUCCAUGGGUACUAAAAGUGUCACAACAUGGGCUGGUAUUGACUGGUCCCAGACCGCUCGAGUGGCCCUUGUUGGGUUCUGUUUCCAUGCCAACUUCAACUACCAUUGGCUGAAGGGGCUGGAGAGGAUGUUGCCAGGGGGAGGGGCCAAAAGGGUGUCAGGGAAGGUAGUGCUGGAUCAACUGGUUGCUGCCCCCGCUACUAUCAGUGCCUUCUUCAUAGGUCUUAGUGUAUUAGAAAACAAAGAGGACCCAUUGGAAAAUUGGAGGGAGAAAUUCUGGACUUCAUACAAGACUGGAGUGGUGUACUGGUCAACAAUGCAGGCAUUGAAUUUCUCCUUGGUUCCCCCAGUUGCUCGUACAGUGUUUGUGGGUGGCAUCACGCUGGUGUGGACAGUCUUCCUGUGCCAUUUCAGACAGCAGAAAGAUGAUACACAAACCCAACCCCCCUCUCACUGAUAUGGAUGUCAUUGGAUGAGCUGUGUGAUGAGAAAAUUGUGACCACAAUUGAAUAGCUUUUAUGUGCUGUAUGCUUAUAACUUGAUUAAAAUAGUUAUUUUAAA